CCGCCCGGCCGGGUCCUCCGGCGCGGUGGCGGCCCGGUCCUCAGCCGCGAGCUGGUCAUGGAGGUGGAGGAGGCGUUCCAGGCGGUGGGCGAGAUGGGCCUCUACCAGAUGUACUUGUGCUUCCUGCUGGCCGUGCUGCUGCAGCUUUAUGUGGCCACAGAAGCCAUCCUCAUUGCACUAAUUGGAGCUACACCAUCGUAUCACUGGGACAUGGCCGAGCUACUGCCCAACCAGAGCCACAGCAAUCAGUCAGAUGGCAAAGACCAGGCCUUUGGUGACUGGCUUCUGACCGCCAAUGGCAGUGAGAUCCAUAAGCACGUGCAUUUCAGCAACAGCUUUACCUCUAUCGCCUCUGAGUGGUUUUUAAUUGCCAACCGAUCUUACAAGGUCAGCGCAGCCAGCUCCUUUUUCUUCAGUGGUGUGUUUGUUGGUGUUAUCUCCUUUGGUCAGCUUUCAGAUCGCUUCGGAAGAAAAAAAGUCUAUCUCACAGGCUUUGCUCUUGACAUCUUAUUUGCCAUCGCAAAUGGGUUUUCCCCCUCCUAUGAAUUCUUUGCAGUGACUCGCUUCUUGGUGGGCAUGAUGAAUGGAGGAAUGUCCCUGGUGGCCUUUGUCUUGCUAAAUGAGUGCGUGGGCACCGCCUACUGGGCACUUGCAGGAUCCAUCGGUGGUCUCUUCUUUGCUGUUGGCAUCGCACAAUAUGCCCUGUUAGGAUACUUCAUCCGCUCCUGGAGGACCCUAGCUGUUCUGGUCAACCUUCAGGGAACAGUAGUCUUUCUCUUAUCUUUAUUCAUUCCUGAAUCCCCCCGCUGGUUAUACUCCCAGGGUCGGCUGAGUGAGGCAGAAGAGGCUCUCUUCUUCAUCGCCAAGAGGAACCGCAAGCUCAAGUGCACGUUCUCACUGACAUAUCCGGCCAACAGGAGCUGUAGGGACACCGGAAGCUUCCUGGAUCUCUUUCGUUACCGGGUCCUCCUAGGACAUACUCUGAUCCUGAUGUUCAUCUGGUUUGUGUGCAGCUUGGUGUACUACGGCCUCACCCUGAGUGCGGGGGACCUAGGGGGCAGUAUUUAUGCCAACCUGGCUUUGUCUGGCCUCAUAGAGAUUCCAUCCUACCCUCUCUGCAUCUACCUGAUUAACCAAAGAUGGUUUGGUCGGAAGCGGACACUAGCAGCAUUUCUGUGCCUUGGAGGACUGGCCUGUCUUAUUGUGAUGUUUCUUCCAGAAAAAAAAGACACAGGUGUGUUUGCCGUGGUCAACAGCCAUUCCCUGUCCCUGCUGGGGAAGCUGACGAUCAGUGCUGCCUUCAACAUUGUGUACAUCUACACCUCUGAGCUCUACCCCACUGUCAUCAGGAAUGUUGGCCUUGGAGCAUGUUCCAUGUUCUCCCGAGUUGGAGGGAUCAUUGCCCCUUUCAUCCCCUCACUGAAGUACCUGCAGUGGUCUCUGCCCUUCAUCGUGUUUGGAGCCACCGGCCUGACCUCAGGUAUCCUGAGCCUGCUGUUGCCAGAGACUCUGAACAGCCCCUUGCUGGAGACAUUUUCUGACCUUCAAAUGUACUCGUACAGGAGGUUAGGGGAGGAAGCCUUGUCUCUACAGACCUUGGAUCCUCCACAGCCCCUGGACAAGGCCAGCACCUUGGGGAGUGAGAGUGAGGAGGAGGAGUUCUAUGAUGCAGAUGAGGAGACGCAGAUGAUCAAGUGAAGGGCCCACAUUCCUCCCAGAAGCAAAGCAUCCUCAUCAUGGGUGCCUCGGGUUCAGCUUAACUGCCAGCGAUGUACUCCGCCCACUGACAUCUCCAGACACAGGACCAGGUUGGAGGAGAUCCCUAAAGGGAGAACCUUGGCACAUUGAGAGACUCAUUGCCUCUGGCCACACAGCUGGGGUCCACCAUCCAGGUGGCUGACUUGUGUGUCUCAUGCUGCUUCCCUUCUGUGGGACCCAAGAGCAGGUGUGUGAAACGGCCCCCAGUUUACUAGGAUUAGCCAGCGCUCCCCCCAAGAUUUCAUAUUCCUAGUCCACUUGACAUCUGUCCCUGUCACUUGCUGCUCCCCAUCAGGAAUCUUGUGGUACAAGGUGAUGUGUCCAGAUCCCCCAGCUUUCCCUCAGCUGGCGAAAUGAGUCUUCAGCUGGUUCUCACCCAUUGAUUGACAGCGCAGCUUGUGCCUUUAGUCUGCUAUCGAUGGUUCUCUAGGAGAAGCCAGAGUCCACAGAGCAGUUCGUGGGCGUCAGAGGACCGGCUGUGGCUUGGUAGCUCCCUUGACACUUGGGUUGUGCAAUGUUUCCAGUUAAACACUUGGGAAGUUUUUCUCUGUGAGAUUCUAGCGUCAGCAAUAACUUCAAAAUCAUGCACAGUCACUAAUGAAACUCUCCAAGUUGGGCGAAGUCAGCAAGGGAUGUGCUGGCACUUUUUAAAUGGGACUUAAUUUAAGAGUGAAGGGUUUCUCUCACCGUGUUUGCGGUCUUUGGUGUGCAGGGAGGGAGGGAUUUGGAUGGCACAGCAGGGCGUGAACCCUGCCCUACACCAGCUGUUACUUGUUUUCUCAAAUGGCAGGAUGAUUUUUAAAGAAAAUGUGGAGUGUGUGUUAAGUGCUUCCAUUGAUUUCCAAAUAAAUCCAAAUCACACUUCAUAUCUGUUUCUCACAAAACUUGAACACUCUCAAAGAGGCAUAUAAGUCAAGAGUCCGUGUGUGGGCAACUGAUCACUUUCCCAGCCAGGGAAAUUGCUGUGUGUUUAGAAUGUCUGUUUAUGCUCAUCUCUUGGGAACAGAAAGCACACAAAUAUGAAGGAAAGGUGCACUGUGGAUGCUUCUGGAAAUCAUGGGUACCUGCAUCCUGUUGCCGCCUCCAUGUUGUCUUGGCGUACUAGCAUUAUACCCACCUGUUUCUUUGUUAAAACACUGUUUUCCUUGAUGCCCUUGAUGGUGGGGGAGCCAUUUCUACCACUGGAGAGAACAUUGGCUGUGAUGCCGUGAAGAUCUUAUAGGUGAUACUGUGUCUAGCUGUCAGGAAGGUUGUGGAACUCCCUGAAACAUCAUACCCGCAAAUCUCAGCAAAGUGUGCCCCACACCCCCAAACUGUGGAGUCCUGCUUCUUUCUUCUCCAGGAAAUGGAGGUCAGCUCCUUAGGAGAGGAGAAGAAGGGCUUCCAGAAGCACUCGGUUCUUGUCAAAUAAAGUGAUAAAAUAAAGCAGUAAGUUAAUAUAUAUGUCA